AAGGGCCUGGUAUUCUGGAUAUCCUGCCCACGGAGUUGGUGGUCCAAAUCCUCCAGCAUCUGUCGACACCUGAGAUUGUCCUUUGUCAGAGAAUCAGUCGCAGCUUUCGGGAUAUAAUUACCGCAUCCGCGGAGUUGCAACAUAAAACAACGUGCUAUACUGCGCAUGUCACUAAUGGACCCAACAACAAGCUGGGCAUAGUGGAACUCAUAUCCCGCAUCUCUGCAUGGGAAAGCACGUGGAAGACGCUGCAGGUCGCUAAUCACCCUAUGGUCCUGCGAUUGAAUGAAGUUCCGUGGAACUAUCGCUCGGGUUCGAUAUUCUCCUGUAUCACACGUUCAAAUCGCGGGAUUUCGUUCUACCAACUGCCGUCAAAGCAGCGAGAGAUACCAUACGUGCAUUGGACCAUCACAGAUCUUGGCUACGAACCAGUGUUCGUCUGUCACGACUACACGCAAGACCUUGUUGUGACCGCUGAGAAUAUGGAGGAUGCAUUCGGCCCCUGCGCGCGACUUCACCUCUUGCAUGACAAGACCGGGGAACACCAUCUCGCAGCUAGGAAGCAAUAUUUGCAGCUUCCGACGGCCAUCCCAUUCGUUGGUCCUAAUGAUCACGAUCUCCACAUCUUUGGCGAUCUCCUUGGCUUGAUCGUGCGCGUUGAGGGCGAGCUGUUCAAUCACAGAGGCUCAGUGAUGACGAAACAUCUACUUGUCUACAACUGGAAAACAGGCGCCCUACUGAAGAACCUGAACGGCGAGCUACUCUCGCACGAGAUUGUUUUCGUUGAUGAUCGCCACUUCCUCGUGCCAUUCAUGCCACACACACUUCCAGGCGCAUAUCUCGCCGUCGUCGAUUGCUACCGCACAGACCCAGACACAAACGAAGCCAUGACGCGGGGCAAGAUCCAGGACGUGAUCUUCAAGCAUGCGUCGCUUUUAUUGCAGCUCCCGCCCGUCAGGGACGCACCACACAUCGACUACCAGGAAGUGCACGCCAUGAGCAGCACCGGCACGCAGGCUGAGCGGUUACACCCGCCCGGGCGCCCGUUCUACGUCGACUACACAAAGCGGAUCUUCGUCCUCAGCAUGCUCAUCGGCGAGACGUGGGGCCGGGAUCGGAUGCACUACACGCUUCUCGUGCCUGCGCCCGCGAUCCUGUCCCGCCUCGGCGCCUCCGGCCCCGGCACCCCGCCCAUGCGGGCGGCGGAGCAGCACAGAUGCAUGAUGCUGCCGUGGGCCGCGUGGGCGCCCGACGCGCGGUUCAUGGAGGACGAGAUGGAGGAUAUCUGCAGCACGCGCUACCUCACGAGCACGCGCAUCGACGAGCGCCGGCUCGUGACCGUCUACGACUUCGCGAGCGCGCCCGCGCUGCUGCGCGACCUACGCGCCGACGGCGGCGGCGGCGGCAAUACGCUCUCAGAGCCCUUCAGCGUGCCGGACCCCGUGCCGGUGCCGGACGAAGGCGGGGUAUUCGAGCGGUGCGGCGUUCUCACCGGCGCGCCGUGCCGCCGGACGGUCACGGACAUCGCUCUGCCUGACAUACGGAUGGUGACGGACUUCAUCUCGCAGGGGCACCGGACGGUGCGGCUAUAUGAGGAUGGGCUGGUCGUUUAUGGGCCCACCAUUGACUCUGAGGUGCAUGUAUACGCUAUAUGAACUUGAGCGAGAGAAGUCGCAGUUUUGCAUUUCGAAGUGGGGUUUCUACCACUGUAUAUCCAUAACCUCGAGUGCAAUUAUAUCAUUACU